CAUUCUAAUCGCCACUUUGUCUGUGUGCCGACAGUUGGCGAUGGCGUGGGCAAAGUACUUGAUCCUGGGGAACUACUCAACCAACUGCUGCUUAAAAACAUCCACUCAAAAAAUUCUGCAACCGAGACAGAAAGACCAAGCAAAGUGCUGCCAGAAAAAGAAGUUACCGUCGUAGAGGCUGCUGAAGAACCUCCUGUAGUUUCUAAUGCCGUUACGACUAACUUACGACCACUUGGUGUGUCGAGCAGCGUACGACUGCCCCCCAGACUGCCACCGCUUAGGAGCGUGCCGGCGAAAAACGCUUGUCACGGACGACAGUGCGACGAUGAAGGCACCACACCCGAGCGAUGGAAGAUGCCACUCAUCAACCUUGCUGGCAAGCAGUACUACCUCGGCAUCUUCUUCAAGGCGAACUGGUACAAGGCGGCGCAAUACUGUCGCUUCCACGGCAUGCAUCUUGCAGCCAUCGAAAACGAGCGAGAAAACAGAGUGCUGGAGGCUCACAUACAGGAUGCAGGCCUGGGUCACGAGCAUUUCUGGACGUCGGGCACGGACCAGGGUGAAGAGGGACGCUUCUUCUGGCUAGCCAACGGCAGGCCGGUAACCUUUGAAAACUGGAACGCCGGAGAGCCUAAUAAUUUCCAGUAUGAAGAUGGAGAGAAGGAACACUGUCUGGAACUGUGGAACCGCGACGGCAAAGGAUUGAAGUGGAACGACUCGCCGUGCUCCUUUGAGACUUUCUUCUUAUGCGAAGUGCAGUAGAUAAAAAAUUUGAGUUCGAAAAACAACGAAAGAGUACCAACUUGCCUUAACCAAGUUCGUUAUCCAUACUUCUUGGUAAAUUAGUUAAUGUCCGAAAAUAAUCAUUACAAAAUGGUGCGCACGAACGAUUCGUUGCAAAUGGUGCGUACGAAUGAUGCGCUGGCACAAUUAGAUGGAGUCAUGAAUCGUUACUCUAAGAAGAUACUUGUAAACGAAGCUCUCUAGGUUUUUGUAUUAUAUCUUAUAUUUAAAAUAAAAUUCUGACGUUGCUUAGUAUUUCGUUAAGGUGCAUGCGUAAUCAAUGUAACUUUGCGUAGAUAAUUUACCCCGUGGGUCAACUUAGUUUUUAAGUGUUUCAUGUGGAAGCUCAAUAAAUGAAUAAGAAUUUUGCAAAGUAUAAUGGAAUUUAUUAGAACGGUAUCUAAUCAUAAUUUAACGAUCGAGGAAAACGUAUGACGGUAUAUGCAAAUGACAUUGAUUGAAAUUCCAGCGCAAACAGGUUUAUUUACAUCACUUACAAAUUAUUGUACAUAAUACAGUAAUCCUUUCUCAAAGUACAAGAGUUACGUAUUGUAGUACAAAAAAAGCCCUUUUUAUCAAUGUUAACAUUUGUAACUAUACUCCCGAAAAGAACGAAAAAGUGUACAUUGCUUGACGUAAACUAAUAACUGUAUCGUGCAAGGCAAUUUUCAUCAACAUUACCAAGAAUUUAGAGCUUCAAAACCAUUGUUUAGUUUAAUCCAUUGACAACCAGGCUAGUUGCUCACAUUAGACUACUUGUAUUGUUGCAUGAACUGUAAAAUAAAUUUCUGGCGGUUUUUCCGCACGAA